AAGGGAAAUUGUUGUUAGUGUUGCCAGCAAGUCGCAGAGCGACUAAUGGUCCACGCUUGUAGAGACAGCUACGUCACUUUCGAAGAGUACAUCAGCGCCAUCGUUCGUUGGACGUCACUUUACAACCACUAAUACUACAGGGAUAGCCACUUUUCGGAUUGUCCUUGAUGCUCCGCUGCGCCUACUGCUCAUUUACCUGUGUUUGUCGUUGAGGAAAGUCGUCCUUUCGAGCCCCCAUCAAAGACUGGUGUUGGCGUUCGAGUAGAUUUAAAGUCUACUUGCUUUUCUUGUGUUCAACACGAGUACACGAAGACAAAAUGACGACGAAAUACUCACUCGAAGAAGUGCGCAAGCACAACGGGAAGAGUUCGUGUUGGCUUGUGAUUCACGAAAACGUUUACGACGUCACGAAGUUCAUGGAGGAGCACCCCGGUGGCGAGGAAGUGCUCUUGGAGGUUGCAGGAACUGAAACCACGGAGGCUUUCGAGGACGUGGGCCAUUCCACUGAUGCCCGCGAACUAAUGGUGCAGUACAAAAUCGGAGAACUCACUGACGAAGAUAAGUCAAAGGUUAAGAAGGUGACGGAAAAAUCACAGUUCCGCGAGUCAUCAACAACUGGAAAUGGUGUUUCGUCGUGGCUUCUUCCAGUUAGCGUCGCCGUCGGGGCCACUAUUCUGUACCGCCUUUUCCUCAGCUAUCAGUCCAGCUAAGCCGUUUUUCUGUCAAAUACGCAGAUCUGUCACUAAGUGCGUCCUAGAAUUACUCUAAGUUUACUGGAGCCGUUCGAAGUUUAACUGGAAGCUUCAGUAUACUUUUUUAUUUUCGAGGUCAAGUUUUGCGCUAAUGGCAUAUUUACUCAAAAAAACUCACUUUCAAAAAUCUGGUUAA